AAGCUCUACCAAUCAUUCGCUCUCCGAUCUCCAAACUUCGAGUAGGUUUUGGGUUAUCUCCAGUAAAUAGAGUGCAACGUUCAUCUCAAUUCAAACAAUAGAAAUACAGUAGAAACUAAAAUACCAUAAUCUUCAAAUCGUACGACCAAACAAAAAAAAAAAAACCAUCAUCUGUGCACGGAGAAGUUUGCAGUGCCGCACUAGUUUCAUUGAUCAGAGCGAAGACUCUUUCGGUAACGAAAAGCCAUGACCUUUCAAAGAUGCGCGAUCGUCGUUGGAUUCUUUUUCUGCUAUUCACUGAGCACAUUGCAAGCAUUUGACUACGUUGACUGCGAGGUAUACAUUUAUCAUCCUGAUUGCCGAGGGUCUCAAACGAAGAGGACGGACUCAACCAACUAUCGCAACACACAAAGACUCGAAGAUCUAUUUGGUAUGACCGACAAUUCGAAAAAAUCUUCUCACUCAUCUCGAUCUCGUAAUGGUGUCAGCAACAAUUAUGAAAAGUCGAAACUAUGGACCGCUCUGCUUGACAGGGGUCUGAACCCCGACGCAAUGUACGAGUGGUAUCUCGCUCACCUCGAGAAAAAUGAUGGCAACAGGCAACAAUGGGUUGUGGGAAAUCCACAAAUAAACAACGUUGCCGACGAAGAUUAUUAAUUUUAUUGUGUUGAAAUUCUGUAAACUUUUAUUCUAUCAUUUUGGAGAAAUCAACAAUUCUUGUAUAUAUGUAAGAACCAACUUAUGUGACAGCUUUCCCAAAGAAAUGAAUGUAAGAGAAUAUAUAUAUAUAUAUGCAUUAUAUAAAAACAUUGUACCCAGUAUGAACUAAAUGGUUAUGAUUUAUUUUAAAUUUUCAUUCGCAUCUUUGUAAAUGUACCUAUGAUUAUGUUAUCGUGCGGUAUUAUUCAUAUACGUUCAAUGCCAAAUUAUAUAACGCAUUUGUGACAUCAACGUAAAACGUGCAAAAAAAUUUGAUUACACCCUAAGUGCACUAGUAUUACUAUCGUCAAUUGUGCGAAUUGAAAUUGCAGCAAAUAAAGGGUGUUAUUCAUUUUCAUAUCGUAUUAUUGCUAAAAAUUCUUGAGUAUUCAAAAGAGCGCUGACGUCAUAACAUUCGAGCACGUGGUUCAAAUUGCACGUGGAUGCGCAUUGCAUACGCGCAUUUGGCUAGAUGUCAAAUGUAAAUGUCAAAUGUAUUCGAGAUUCGAGCUUCUAUCGAACAUUCAAGCGAUUUCAUUCAGAUAGCUCACCACACGAUGUAGACACUGGCAGACACUACCAGUGGUUCACCAGCACGGUUUAACCUAACGGGUGUAAAUCAAAAGUAUGAAUAAAUGUGCUCUCAAUUUCAAGUUGUGCUUGUUCUAAGUGAAUUUUUCUUGUAGUUUAUAAGCGGCUAUUUAUGAUUCGGAAGAAUCAUGUUCAAUAUUAUUGCCAGACGUCACAGACAUCUUGUGAACUUGUUCCAACACCAUGUGGGUAAAAGUCAGAUAAACAAAGGUAGCAACAAUACAGCACCAAGAGCGAUAUCGUUUUUACGUUGCUGUGAUAAACAAGCAUGUAUUCAAUAUGUCAUGAAAUCUGGUUACGUAAUCAAUGAGAACAGAAGAUAUACAAGUCUACCGCAAGUUGUUGAAUAUGAAAUACCUCAUUCUCUAGCUAUCCAUGGUAAGGAAAAUCUAUUCGCGCACUCUGUGCUAGAGAGUAAAGAAAUUUAUUGGAAAACUCUUGCACACGGUUUACCGGUUUGUACUAGAGAGAUACAUGAGGAUGAAGUUAAUUCUUAUCUGAAUAAAGUUUGGAAGAAUGUACCAAUACCGGAGAUAGUUGAAGCCUUCAAAAUUGUGUCCCAUUACGCAGCGAGAAAUGGAGAGUGUUUGUUGGAUCCAAAGUACGAAAAAUUUCUCAAGUACCUGAUCGCAAAUGUUCCAAAGUUCACAGACUCUGAAAUUAACGACAUUAUUCGAUCCCUCUGUAUGUGGCCCUUGAAGCAUACUAGGCAUGACAAAAGUUUUAAGUCAUUAUAUACGGCUUUAGAUGCAGAAUGUCUCAAACGAGCUGCCACAGCAAGUUGGGAAGAUCUUCUACUAGUGUUUGACCAUUGGUACAUGUUAGGGUUACCUAAGUACAGCGAUUUUUGCUCAUUUGUUAUCACAAAAAUGGGACGAAGACCUAAACAUCUGACAACAGCAAAUCUGAUACAAUUCAUGUUUUGUAUUAAUGUCAGUCGUACGCGACCCUCGAACUUGUAUAACAUAGAGUAUCGCUUGGAACAAAUAAUUGAUGAUCUAGAUUUAGAUGAAAUUGCCAUUAUAUCGAUGGGCUUUUUCAAGAGCCAAACUCCAUUCAGGAAUCCAAUGUUAUUAUCUAAAAUUAUCCAACGAACUAUCCUAAAUAUUGAUACUAUUCAUGAAAUAAGUUUGGCAAGUUUAAUGAAAAUAAUAAGAUACUCACACCAGCUACCAGACGAUGCUAAUAUUAUAUGGGAACUGCUUGUUUCUACGUUACCACGCAUACCAACACUUUCCAUAAAGGCUUUAGUGCACAUUCUUGCACUUAUGGUUAGAACACGAUUGUUUCAUGAAGAAUUAAUCAAUAUAAUUACAUUGAGAUUCCACAAAAACAUUGAACAUGCCAGAUUGAAGGAUCUGGAGCGCUUGGUGAUGGCACUUACUACCUUCAAUUUCACCCCCAACAUACAACCAAAUAUAUUUGAAACGGUUGUACAAGAACUGAGAUCUGUGGAACGUGCACAGAGCUUAACAGAAUUUCCACGGUCCCUGGCAAAUUGCCUGCACUAUCUUAGUAUUGCGAAUGUUUAUCCAAAAGAUCUGAUAGCCAUGGUCCUAGACCCUCAAAAGAUCCAUACUACUUAUGGGCCAAACGCAUGGCCUGUUAUCCAUCCGAUAUUGGCCAUUGAUUUGAAUGUCGAAGUCGAAGUCCCGGACUACACAGGACCAAGGCUCACUGCCAAGCAACGAGCAAUUAUAGCAAAGAAAAACGCGUUGCCAAUACCGAAAUCGCAGGACAGCAAUAAUGCAGCAAAUUCUAAAAUUAACUUCAUUUCAAGCAUUAUGGAUACUUUGAAGGACGUCCUAGAUGGCUGUGAUUUGAUACACACGGAAAUUUUAUUACCGCAUCAUAGACUAUUCGAUAUAGUAAUUUGUUUGGAUAAAAACAAAACUCCAAUACCAGUAAAAUCGAUACUGCCUGAAAUGGAGUUGGGAGAAAUAAAGCGAGUGCCCAGCAAUUUGCCUGAAGGGACUCAAUUACUGGCAGUUAUCCCAUGUGGUGUGAAUUGCUACAUUAGGGACACUCGACUGCUGUUAGGCAAGGAUGCUAUGAGAAUUAGACAGUUGAGACAAAUAGGCUACACACCUAUAGUGAUACCGUGGUACGAGUGGCAAGGAAACAAAGAGUACAAGAUCCAAUAUUUAAAAGAUAAGAUCUUUGGAUGAUAAUAAUUGAAUUUAUGUAAAAUAUAUUAUUUGUUUGAGUUAAAAAACACCUUUACGAAUUUCAAA